ACACAGUGAACAAACUACGAGUUCGUAAUUGAUAUUUCGUCUGUUCUAGCAGUCAAUCAUAAUUUGAAACCUAUUUUGAGGUAAAUAGCGUUCCUGGCGCCAAGGUUAACUUGUUUGGUAAAUAAUUCACAUAAUGGAAGUGUUCAGCUGAUCUCACUAAAUACAGUCAUUUGCCUGGUGCAAAGGUUGUUGGAAUAGUUCGAUAAUACUCUACAUGGCAAUUAAUAUUGGGAUAUUCAUCAACAAUUUAUUCAUCAAAGUUCGUCUUCCAUAGUUCAGAGUUAUCCGCAAGGAUGUCCAGUUAAGAAUAUGCUGAACGAAGAAUCAACUCUACAUGGAGGUCGGCAUCAUCUCCGAAACAUCUGUGAAACACAAUGACCAUCAUCUAGCUGCGCUACAGCCAUCAUCAUUUUAAGAGCUUUUUUAUUUGACGAACUCUCUUGGAGAUCAUUCAUAUCCACAUUGGCUUCAAUUUCAAGUACACCACGAUAAUUAACUCGGCUACAGUUUCAAGUAGACCACGAUAAUUAACUCGGCAUGUUAUUUUUUAUCACAUUCAGUAUCAUAUUUGCGCGUUCUGUUAACGGAGUAUCGAUACGGAAUAGGACAUUCGUGAUUCAUCCCGAGUUCAGUGACGUCCUGUACGGGGACGGACUGCUGGGUAACUACACCACGGAUACCUUGACGAAGUGUGGAGCCUACUGUGGGACACAGAACUGUCUGUCAUUCUCCUACAGUAACGACACAGGAAUAUGUCGUAUACAUUCCACGUCACUUCCGUCGUGUGAACCAAAACUUGCAAAUCAGAACAGCGCAACGUCACUUCCGUUUUAUCGAGAGCAGGACUACCAACAACAAUUCUGUCCGUGUAGCCUUGAUCUAGAGGACGGAAGCUGGACUGUUAUACAUCAACGAUUUGACGGUUCUGUGGACUUCGAGAGGGAUUGGGCCAAUUAUAAAGGCGGAUUUGGAAAUUCACCAAAUGGAGAAUUCUGGCUUGGACUGGAAAACAUAUACCUGCUUACCAAAGAUGGAAGCCAAGCACUUAUGGUGGAACUCUUCGAUAAGGACGACAUCAGAAAGUGUUCCUACUUCAACACAUUCUAUAUAAGUUCUGAGGUAGACAAAUAUAGACUAACAGUGGACGAUUAUGUAGGAACUGCAGGUGACAGCAUGUCAUUCCACAACGGGAUGCAGUUCUCUACGACCGACCAGGAUAAUGAUCUUAGGGGAUACGGGAGCUGUGUGGCUGCCUUCAAUGGUCCUGGCUGGCUCAAUGAUUGUCUAUCUAACAAUCUUAACGGUUUAUAUGGUGUUGUGUCGGGUGCUAAUGCCAUGUGUUGGCGUGGUUUCCGAAAUUUCGCUGGUCUCAAGAAGGCCAAGAUGCUGAUAAAAGGGAAAUUAUUAUAAACGACGUUUUCGAUAGGACCUAAGUUCAUACCUGCGAACCGGAAGUUAGAUUUAUCUUAAAUAAACAGACACUACUUCUUUGUCCGUAAUAUUCCUUUCAAUGAGAAUGCAAUAUAAAUCUGAGACCUUUUACACUAAUUAACAAUGUCAUCCUGCAAAACAAGAACUACUUUUGAAACCACUACGCAUGUGCUGUAUCACACUUCCUGUACUUAUACUAUACGUUGUCAGAGCAGAGACAGAGCAACAAUUACAAUAGGUGGUGUUACAACUGUCAAAUCAUCCAGCCGUGUCUAAUUAGGGUUUUGGAUGGGCGACUGCCGACAGACCUGUGUCUAAUUAUCACCAGGCGGUCUAUGAAUAACUAAUGUAAUUAGUUUGGAAACAGAUAAAGAUUUCGUUUACUGUCAA